AUGCGUUUCACCGCCGUCGCUAUCACCGGCCUCGCCUCCCUGGCCGCCGCCCAGGACCUGAGCUCCAUCCUCUCGUCCGUCACCUCCGAGGUCGCCAGCGGUGCCAGCGCUAUCCCGAGCGACGUCACCAGCGCCGUCAGCUCUCUCGCCUCGGACGCAUCCUCGCUCACCAGCAGCCUGGGCUCGGCCAUCUCCACGGCCACCGGUUCUGCCGGCUCGGCUCUCUCGUCUGAGCUGUCCUCCGUCACCUCGUCCCUCGCGUCUGCCGGCUCCUCGGUUGCCAGCUCGCUCGAUUCCAAGGCCUCCUCGGUGACGUCUUCGGCCGGUGGUGCUGCUUCGUCGCGCGCUGCUUCCGCUUCUAGCCGUGCCAGCUCGGCCGCUUCCAAGGCUUCCUCGGCUGCUUCCUCGGCUUCGGCCUCCGCCACUGGCGCCGCUGGCUCCGUUGCCGUCCCUGCCAUUGGCGGCCUUCUCGGUGGCGCUCUUGCCGUCGUCGGUCUUUUGUAA